UCCUUAGUCCAUCUAAAAAAUUACCUACACCAACAUCGCCGCGAUAAAUUUCCAACCCCUCGUUCUAUAAUUUUGGUGUUUUAUUUCAAUAUUUACUUAUCAUUCUACAUCUUUAAAGAGACUUUAGAAUAAACGAAGAUUCUGCUUCAUAAGGAGAGGCGAUAAGACAUUUUUUGAUACAAUCGAGAGUGUAGUAAACAUAUUUUCAAGAUUAAAUUGCAAGUCGAAAUAAUGUCUACCAGCAAUACGGACACGGGUGACACCACAAUUAUAGCGUCUACUACAGAAAUUCAAAAUGGGCAACCAGACAAAUUUGGCGUAGUGACCCCCCGCGAGGCACUUAUAACAACUGCGGUGAACUUUUUACAAAAUGCUAAGGUACGGCAUACAACUCUUAUGCAAAAACGACAGUUUCUGCAAUCCAAAGGUUUAACCAACGAUGAAAUAGAGCUCGCCUGCCAACGUGCGGGUAUUUUUACAGACGACCCCAACAUGCCCACUUUGAUUAAUAUAAGCAGCAGCGGUGCGGAACAACCACAAUUGGUUUUGCAGCCAAGACAAAGCGCUUACGGACGCAUCAAAGAGGUUUUGCAUAAUUUAGCGCUUAUUAGCGGUGUGGCGUAUGCUAUUUAUCUAUUUUGGAAGAAAUAUGUAGAACCCUUCCUUUUUGGUAAGAAAAAGAAGAAACCUGUGGAGGACUUGCUUGAUGAUAUUUAUAAGAAAGUCGACACACGGCUGGAUGCUGUAAACGCUGAACUUACCAAUAUCAAGGUACAACUGCAAGAACAACAGCGUGAUCAACGUCAAAGUCUCAACCAAGAAUUUCGUAGUGAUUUAGAGGCCAUCAAAGGAUUACUACUUAAUCGUAAACAAUUUGUUACGCCAGUGAUAGGCGGUCCGCCCUCAAUACCCGCUUGGCAGCUGGCGGCCACUACACAUCAUCAUCAUGCUCGCCUCUCACAAUUAGAUGAUAAUGAGAAAGUGGAUGACGCUGGCUCUGGUUCGGGUUCAUCAGAAACAGAAGUGGUUACCAAAAAUAGUGAUUCCAGUUUAGAAAUGAUGUAGAAGUUUGCAUUCUUCUAUACACUCUGCUGCAGCUGUUUAGCGCGAGAUGCUCAACAGUAAUGUAAGAGCUUAGACAGAUUAGAUUAAGUAAAAAGCUGAUAACAUUAAUUUAAGUUUAACUGCGAUAACCACUACACGUAUAUACCAAUAGAUGAACAUAUAUAAAUAUUUA